AUGGAGAAGCGGGGUGGGAGCAACGUGCCUAAAAGCAGACAGCGAACUAGCUCCAAGUGUCCCCAACAAUCGGUAUUACCGAAGAAAAUGGGUGCAAUAACAGAUAUGGAUCUUGGCAAGGAAUAUGAUUUAGAUCGAGAUUUCUCUUUGGAUUCCGAGGAAUUAGAUGGCAAAAAUCCUCUCCUUCAAACUAUUCUUUCAGGAGAUAUAGAGCAAUUAGAGAGGAUUUUUGAAGAUCCAGAAGAACCCCUUCACUCACGGGCCAUGAGUCUAAUCAUGAAAGAAGAUGCCGUUGGCAGGAACUUGUUGUUUACAGCAUGCAUCGCUGGGCAAAGUAAUGUGAUUAGAACAUUGGCAAAAUAUGGUGUGAACCUGAAUGAAAAAACAACUAGAGGUUAUACCCUCUUACACAGUGCUGCAGCCUGGGGCCGUCUGGACACUUUGAAAGUGCUAGUUGAUCUGGAAGUUGAUCUUGAUGUGCUGAACUUCCUUAAUGAAACAGCCCGAGAUAUUGCUUUACGGUACUCUAAGAUGGAGUGUGUUGAUUAUCUGGACUUUGCAGCUGCUCAACUGGCUUUGAAAAAGGCCAUUGCAAAGGUCCAAGGAAUGCUUUUAGAUCCAGAAAAGGGACAAGGAAAGUUGAGCAGGGAAGACAAGAAUUUACUCACCAGUGCCUGUCGUUCCAAAUCGGAGUGGCUUGAGCUCCAUCCAAAUGCAACUGUAGAAGAACUUGUGGAGCAAAAGCAGCAACUGGAAGACAUUGUGAAUCCUGUUUUUCUGAAAAUGACCACACCACGUAAGUAUUGA